AUGGGCUUUCAUCGAUGGCUGUUGUUUAAAGAUGUCAAGGGUGAAGAUGUGGUGAAGUUAACUUUGGCGUUGAAGAUAGCUCGGCAGGACCUCACAAAAGCCCAGCUGAAGCUGAACGCAAUGGUAGCAGACUAUGGAGAUGUCGUGCCCAGGAGAGAUUUUGAAUCACUGGAGAAAAAACACUCUGAUUUACUUCAGGAGAUGAAGACUCUGCAGAAGGAUUUUAAUCAACUCCAUACAGAAUAUGAAACACUGCUAGAAAUCCACAGAGAGACUGCAGAAGAGCGAGACAACUUCUGCGCUGAACUCCAGCGAGUUCAGCACAACCGCACGCCCCGGCCCAACUGGGCAAAGUGUUCAGAGGUGAUUCCUGGUGGAGCUGAGCGGUGGGGCUAUCUGGCUGAGGGGAAGACCAGCGAUCAGCUGGUGGAUGUUCUUCUGGAAGAAAUAGGAACAGGAGUGCUGAAGGAGAUAAACGUCUUCCCUGGAUGGGGCAAAGGUGACAAAGUUCCUGUGUACCUGAGGCAUGAAGGUGAAGUCAAGAACAAAAAGCUGACUAAGAAGGAUGUGGUGAACAUCCUAAGGGAUGUCUGGAAGGAGAAAAUUGCACUAGAACAGCAGACAGGGAAGCGAUCCUGUCUUCCUGAGUUCUUUCUCGGCUACCUCCAGAAGAAGUACGGAGAUGCCGCUGCCGUGGAAUGGUCUUACACCCUCUACGAGAACAUGCGGCUCUGUCCAUCAAGCCAUGUCCUGAGCUCGUUCUACAACAUACUCACCGGGAAGGUAGGUGAAGAGCAGUACCAUGGCCAGAAUCAGCUGAUUUCCAGCCUGCAAGAGGAGCUGGCUGCCUGCGACAGCUCAAACAGCGGAUCCCUGAGCAGCAAGCAGUUCAGCAUGGCCGUGCGGGAAGCUUUUCCCCUGAAAAGGAAAGAGUCAAUCCAAGAACUAGUCGAUGCAAGCAGGUACAAUAUGGACAGCACUGAAGAUCUCGUUGACUACAUAUCCUUAUUUAAAGAAGAUGAGGAGGGGAACGUUGAACCUUUCGUUGCCAAGCUCAGGGACCAGUACGUCAGGGAGAAGCAGGACUACCUGAGACAGCUGAAGAACAAGCUGGGAGAUUUAACAGAGGUGAAUGCAGAUGAUCUGAAGACUGCUUUCUGCACGAUCGAUCCUGAUAUUGAUGAUCAGACGCUGGAUACCUACAUUGGCCUGGUUUAUCAGAUCCAAACAGAAGAGCCAGACCACGAAGCUGUCCCUGUGGAAACCGUACUGGAGAGACUACUCGCUGGGGAUGUGAGACGAGUAGGGCCCUCACCCAGGGAGGGAAGCACGAAGGAGAGUAAGGACACUUCCAAGUAUUAA